AUGAUCAAAUUAGCAUCUCUUGCAAUUCUAUCAGGCGUCUUGGCACAUUGGUGCAUUUUUAUUCAUGGUGAAUGGCAUCUUAGGUUAAAAUCUCUGGUGCUAUCACAUAUCACGAUCCUUGGAGUAUUGUAUGCUGCCAAAGCUGUGAGCGCCGAAUACUAUGUCAUACCAGAAAAGGAUCUUUUACGCCCAGCUCUCCUUAUGAUACUUUAUCUCGCUUCCCUCUUUAGCAGUAUCGUCGUAUACCGUUUGUUCUUUCACCGCUUACGGCAGUUCCCUGGACCCAAACUUGCUGCUGGAUCUAAGUUAUGGCAUGUGUGGAAAUGCCGCUCCUCGCGUGGUCACCAUGUUCUUCAGGAUUGGCAUGAAAAAUAUGGCACAUUUGUUCGGACAGGUCCUGCUGAAAUCACAGUAUUCCAUCCCGCGGUAUACGAGGCGAUGGACGGACAUGGGAACAAUAAUACCCGAUCUGAUUGGUACGACUUAUUGUACCCACGGGUCUCAUCGAUCUUCACGCGUGAUCGGGCUCUACAUAACGUGAGACGAAAGCUCUGGAAUAAUGCACUAAGUAGUUCUGCAAUCCGGCAGUACCACCAGCGCAUUCUUGGAAAGGUCAAGACACUUACUGAUCUAAUCAGUGAAAAUGAGUCUCAGCCAGUCUUAAUAAACGAGGUCAUGUACUGGUUUGCAUUUGACUCUAUGGGUGACUUUGCCUUCAGCGAGGACUUUGGAAUGAUGAAGAACAAGAAAUGGCACCAAACUCUUUGGAUGUUUCGAUAUGCGCUGGCCCUUUUAGGACCCUUUAGUCCAGCAAUAUGGAUACCACGGCUGGCAUUUACUCUGAUUCCGGGUCUCUGGUGGGCUAAGUGGUGGUUCCAAAUGCUGUCCUUCUGCGAUGAGUGCAUGGAACGUAGAAUGAAGCGAACCUUGCCCCAUAAAGACAUCGCUUCAUUUUUCAUCGAACAGCACAAGGCCAGCGACGAUGCACGCCGGGAAUAUUGGCUAAGUGGUGAUACUGCGACUCUGGUUGUUGCCGGAAGUGAUACAAAUGCGCCAACCUUGACGCAUCUCUUUUACUUUCUCGCUCGCUAUCCAGAGCACACAGCGAAGAUAUACGAGGAGCUUCAGACCCUUUCUUCUUUGGAUGACGCGGUUGGACUGUCCAAGCUUCCUCAUCUGAAUGGAACUAUUAACGAAACUAUGCGUCUUCUGCCUGCCGUCCUAACCGUCAGUAUUAAUUUUGAUUUGACAGUGGAGACGGCGUAUGUCCGACCGUGUGAGUUUAUUCCUGAGCGAUGGUAUAGCCAGCCUGAGUUGGUUCUGGAUAGAAGAGCAUUCGUUCCUUUUGGACUCGGUAAUACGAUGUGCGUUGGUAAGAACUUGGCCUUGACUCAGAUCCGCCUGGUCACUGCAGCUUUACUAAGCCGGUUCCAUGUUGAAUUCGCCCCGAACAAUAAAACGGGGGAAUUCGUGGAAAAAGAUAUGAAAGAUCAACUUACAGCUCAGCCGGGUCCGUGUCAUGUUAUCUUCACCAGAAACCAAUAG